UGGCUUUUUAAAAUCUCUCAGUCCAGACAAUUAACAGCUGAAGAAAAUAUGACAAGACACACGCAAAGAGGUUGGGAGACAGGGGGAAGAAAUGCGCCAGAAAGGAGCUGAGUUGCCUUCUUGUGUAAACUGCCAGAUCUCCUCUUCCCUCCUCUCCCCCUCCCUUCUCCCUCCUCUGCUCCUAGAACUGUUUCCCCGACCCCCCUUUCUGUCUGCUGAAGGCCAGGAGUGAUCUGUUAACUAUACAACACUGACUGGGAGGCCAAAGCAGCUCAUGGCCAUCCGCUGUACACUGGUAAAUUGCACAUGUGAAUGUUUCCAGCCAGGGAAGAUUAACCUGAGAACCUGUGAUCAUUGUAAACAUGGCUGGGUGGCACAUGCUUUGGACAAGCUUAGCACUCAGCAUCUGUACCACCCUACCCAAGUGGAGAUUGUGCAGUCCAACGUAGUGUUUGACAUCAGCAGCCUGAUGCUCUAUGGUACCCAGGCUGUGCCUGUGAGACUGAAGAUACUGCUGGACCGACUCUUCAGUGUAUUGAAGCAGGAAGAGGUGCUGCACAUCCUGCAUGGCUUAGGCUGGACGCUUCGGGACUACGUGCGGGGCUACAUCCUUCAGGAUGCUGCAGGCAAGGUGCUGGACCGCUGGGCCAUCAUGUCCAGGGAAGAAGAGAUUAUUACCCUUCAGCAGUUUCUGAGAUUUGGAGAAACCAAAUCCAUCGUGGAGCUGAUGGCAAUUCAAGAAAAGGAAGGGCAGGCAGUGGCUGUGCCAUCUUCAAAGACAGAUUCAGAUAUAAGGACUUUUAUUGAAAGCAAUAAUCGCACUAGGAGCCCAAGUCUCCUUGCUCACCUGGAGAACAGCAACCCUUCCAGCAUUCAUCACUUUGAAAACAUCCCUAACAGCCUUGCGUUUCUGCUUCCAUUCCAGUACAUAAAUCCCGUCUCUGCUCCAUUGCUGGGGCUGCCUCCAAAUGGCCUCCUGCUGGAACAGCCGGCUCUGAGGCUGCGUGAGCCAAGCCUUUCUACCCAAAAUGAAUAUAAUGAAAGCAGUGAAUCUGAAGUUUCCCCCACUCCUUUCAAGAAUGAGCAGACAUCCAGCAGGAAUGCUUUGACCAGCAUCACAAAUGUAGAACCCAAAACUGAGCCAGCCUGUGUGUCUCCCGUUCAAACAUCUACACCCAUCAAUGAUUUGUCCAAAACUGAGCACACAAAAAGCUCAUUCAGGAUUCACAGAAUCAGAAGAAUGGGAUCAGCAUCAAGAAAAGGGAGAGUGUUCUGCAAUGCAUGUGGUAAAACGUUCUAUGACAAAGGUACUCUCAAAAUCCACUACAAUGCAGUUCAUCUUAAAAUCAAACACCGGUGCACGAUUGAAGGCUGCAACAUGGUCUUCAGCUCUCUUAGAAGUCGCAAUCGUCACAGUGCUAACCCUAACCCCCGCCUUCACAUGCCUAUGCUAAGGAACAACCGAGACAAAGAUCUAAUCCGUGCUACAUCAGGAGCUGCCACCCCUGUCAUAGCAAGUACAAAAUCCAGUCUUACCUUAACAAGCCCUGGUCGGCCUCCAAUGGGUUUUACUACUCCCCCGCUAGACCCUGUACUACAGAACCCUCUUUCUAGCCAGCUGGUGUUUCCAGCUUUAAAGACUGUCCAACCUGUUCCUCCUUUUUACAGAAGUUUACUUACUCCUGGAGAGAUGGUGAGUCCUCCAACCUCAUUACCCACCAGUCCCAUCAUACCAACAGGUGGUUCAGUGGAACAGCAUCCUCCUCUUCCUUCAGAGUCAUCGUUACCUGUGAUGGUGAUGCCUACCCAUGAGCCUAAUGCUGACCUUGCCCCUAAGAAGAAACCAAGGAAGUCAAGCAUGCCAGUUAAAAUAGAAAAGGAAGUUAUUGAUACUGCUGAUGAGUUUGACGAUGAAGAUGAUGAGGUUAAUGACAACAGCACGAUGGCUAAUGAUAUUGGUCAUGACAAUCACUGCCAUUCGCAGGAGGAAAUGAGCCCAGGAUUGUCUGUGAAAGACUUUUCUAAAAAUGGUAGAAUCAGAUGCAUUUCCAGGACAGAGAUAAGAAGGGCGGACAGCAUGACCUCAGAAGACCAAGAGCACGAGAGAGACUAUGAAAACGAGUCAGAAACCUCAGAGCCAAAAUUGUGCGAGGAAUCCAUGGAAGGUGAUGAACGCAUCCAUGAAUCUAAAGAACAGUCUAUGAUGAACAGUGAGAUGCCAGAUGAAAAUCACAAUGAAUCUUCUCACCGGGAUGUAAUUAAGGUGAAGGAAGAGUUUACAGACCCUACCUAUGAUAUGUUUUACAUGAGCCAAUAUGGACUGUAUAAUGGGGGCAGUGCCAGUAUGGCUGCCCUUCACGAAAGUUUCACUUCAACAUUCAAUUACAACAGUCCUCAAAAGUUCUCCCCAGAAGGGGACCUGUGUUCCAGCCCAGAUCCCAAGAUCUGCUAUGUCUGCAAGAAGAGUUUCAAAAGCUCCUAUAGUGUGAAGCUUCACUACAGGAAUGUUCAUUUAAAAGAGAUGCAUGUCUGCACAGUGGCUGGCUGUAACGCUGCCUUCCCGUCACGGAGAAGCAGAGACAGGCACAGUGCUAACAUAAACCUGCACCGUAAACUGUUGACCAAAGAACUGGAUGACAUGGGACUGGACACCUCUCAGCCCUCUCUUAGUAAGGACCUCCGUGAUGAAUUUUUGGUGAAGAUCUAUGGCACCCAGCAUCAAAUGGGGCUUGACGUAAGGGAAGACACCUCCUCACCAGCUGGUACUGAGGAUUCCCACAUGAAUGGGUAUGGAAGGGGCAUGUCUGAAGACUACAUGGUCCUAGACCUGAGCACCACCUCCAGCAUCCAGUCUAGCAGCAGUAUCCAUUCCUCAAGAGAAUCUGAUGCAGGCAGUGAUGAGGGGAUUCUCCUGGAUGACGUUGAUGGGGCGAGUGACAGUGGGGAAUCUGCACACAAAAUGGACACCCCUGCCAUAGGUGUAGGUAUGGGUUCCGACCUUCCAGGAUCCCUCAUGUUCAACAAUGUUCCAAUGAGCAACGGUGGGAUAAUGUGUAACAUUUGCCACAAAAUGUACAGCAACAAGGGGACCCUCAGGGUGCACUAUAAAACGGUGCACUUGCGAGAAAUGCACAAGUGCAAAGUCCCUGGGUGCAACAUGAUGUUUUCCUCUGUCCGCAGCCGAAAUCGGCACAGUCAGAACCCUAACCUGCAUAAAAACAUUCCCUUCACUUCAGUAGAUUAGUUUAAGGAUGGACACGCAAAUGCCAGCUCUCACGGAGGGCCUACCAUGUUUGAACUGCCAUAUACAGUCUAUAUAUAUAUCUGUGUGUAUGUAUGUGUAUGUAUGUGUAUAUAUAUACACAUACAUACACACACACACACAGAUAUAUAUAUAUAUAUGUGUGUAUAUAUAUACACACACACAUAUAUAUCUAUUUUUCUUUUUUAACAAAAGAAAAACACCAGGUGCUUCUGUUUGUUUGUUUUCAUUUUCCUUUGUUGGGUUUGGGAUGGGGGACAGGGGAAGGUUAAGAAGGGAUGGAAUCUUUAACUGGGGGUAAAAUACCCUCAAUAAAAACCACAAAAACUUGCAAUUAGCCCCAGUUUUGUUAUGAAAUUCUUGGUCAUCUCCAAAGAGACAAACUGUUCUACCCAUGAUUAUUGCCUGCAAAAAAACAAAAUACAAAGAAGCAAAAAGAGGGUGGGGGGGGAGAACUUCUUGGUUGUCUUUGUGUACUUUAAGCCGUUGGGAGAAACUUCUACUAAGCAUGGCUGUUACACUUGUAUAUAUAUUGAGCCUUGAGAGGCCUAUGAUGUAAAACAAUUGUAUUGAUGGUGGUUUAACUCUCUCUUUUUUUUUUUUUUUUUAAUUUUUACAGUUACAUCCAGCUGUUAGAUAUGCAGAAAAAAAUAGUUUGCUGGCUAGCUCUAUUCAAUUUAUGUUAGCUUUAAUGCACAUUUUUAAAAGAAACACGGUCUUGUUUUAACUACCUGCUAUAUAUAAGUAAUACAGAAGGGCUGGCAUGCUUUACAGUACCUGAUCUGAUACAGCUUUUUUGUCUUGUACUAUUACAUAAAUCCAGUCAUGCACUUUUUUCAUACACUACAAGGGGAUGUGUAAUAAUAUCCAUGCUUUUUUUUCCCUAAACUAUUGCCAUAUUUUCAGUAAGUGUCUUUAAAAAAAAACACUUAGAUAAAAGUGGUCUGGUCAGUAUGGGGCAUGAAUGCCAAACAAAAAGUAUUAGUGUUUAGUGUUAAUACAAAAGUGCCAACUUUGCACAAGUUUUCAGAAAAGAAAAUAUAACUAGUUACUCACUGUAACCAGAGGCUGAGUUUUUGGCUAACAGAAAAAUGCUAGGGGAAGAAAAACAUAAAGAACACUUGGUGCUUUUUUCAAGUGUCAAAUAUUAUUAGAAUCAACAGUGCAUCUUUAUUUCUUAUAUGUUACAUUGCAUAAAAGGAAAACAGAAUUAUGUGGUGUGAAUCAGUGGAGGCAUUUCCUCUGUUGAGCAAGGAUAAUAUUGCAGGAUAUAGAUGCUGAAAUUACUUACUGCAGAACAAAGCUAGAUACAGUGAAUCCAUUCUGGUGCUCCUUAUUCCUGGGCUUUUGUGUUCUUAAAAAAAAAAAAAAAGAAAGAAAGAAAGAAAGGAAAAAAAAGUCUUAACUCUGUUGUUCUGUAAAGUUGUCUGAUUUGCAGUGGAAAGUGCUGUAGUAUGAUUAAGGCAUGUUUUAUAAAAGCAAACGAAAGACAUUAAUGGCAGAAGCACUUAGAAGCACUGAAAACAUGUGCUGGACUUUUUAUUGGGUUACCUUCCCUUUGGAUAAAUUAGAGGCAAAACCAAAACUAUAGUUGUGUUAAUGUUUUGUGUUUUACCCAUAUGGUAAAAGAAGAAUCAGAGAAGAAUGAAAAGAAUCAUCAGAGAAGAAUGAAAGUAGUCCAGGAAAGAUAGUGAGAGAAAGAGAGAUAGAAAGGGAACAAGCAGUUGAAAGAGACUGAGGGAGAGGCUGCCCUCCGAAUCUUUUUUUGUUUCCGGUGUUUACACAUGGUGCUUGAGCUGGUAAACCGCACUGGCAGCCUAAGCUACCACAACAUACUGACUGAAUGAUGAUAUUUACUUAAGUUCAGCCUACAGCCAAAACCAUUAGGGUGUGUGUUAUAGACUUUUUUUUAAGCCAAGGAAUAUUUCAGCAUACAAUGCUCACUUAAAGACAAUGUAUUCCUUUUCUGUAUUUAAUGGCCUCGAACAUUUCUCUUGUUACGCUGAGAGUCAGAAAUGCUCCUUUGUUUCAGCUUCAGGUUGUUUUGAUUUGUUGUGCAUUUUGAUCAUUUUGUCCACAUGAGCACUCACUCCUGUUAAAUUUGCCAGAGGAAACGGUUUAUGUGGAUCCUUUCCCUUUGGGAUUCAUUGUACAUUUCAGUAUUCCAAAAGUGAGACUCAACAGAUAAUGCAGUGUUUCCAUUUGUAGAAAAUAAAAUUAAUUAAAAAAAAAAAUCCUUCAAAAGAGACUGAAACCAUGUUUCUAUAGGAUGUGUUAUUUAAAAUGAGCUUCUGGUCACUCUUUAGUAAUGUACAGUGAGAAAAGACUGAAAACAUCUGUGGAUUCCAUAGAAACUAUAUGAAAAGUCCAGUGUGUCAGACAAGAAAUAUGUACAGCAAAAUCCUAAGCAGUUUUUGCUGACUUAUUAUUUUACAUUUUUUCACUUUUCCCCAAAUUCUUAAAUAUUUUUCCUCGUCAAAUUAAGAGAAGAGAUCUGCUCUGUUUUAUGUUUGUACAUGUCCAGUAUGCUUUUGAAAGAGGGAAGUUAGAACAGUAAAGGUGAAUUCUUCUCAACAUAUGAACCUUUGUAGUGUUAUCUGUACUGCACUCCUGUCACAAUCCUAAGCUAUUAGGAAUCAAGCAAGAUGGAAAGUUUGAAAGACAAAACAAAAAUAACUGAAUAUCUACAGAAAAACACUGUUUUUGAAGUAUGUAUGGUAUAAAUAAAUAUCUUUUUUUAAUGAAAAACACAUUUGAGGUAUAUAAAUAAUUCUUUACUGGA